AAGGGCCACACCGAUGUCAUCUGGACAUUUGUAUACUCGCCCGACGGUACACGCAUAGCGACAGGUUCAUGGGACUCGACAAUACGGAUAUGGAAGGCAAGUACAGGUUGUCAAGUAGGGGAGCCGUUGGAGGGGCACAGGAGUUGGAUUCGUGCCAUCGCUUUCUCCCCUGAUGGGCGCCGUCUGGUAAGCGGCAGCAAGGACAAGACCCUUCGAGUAUGGGACACAAGUACCCAUCAAACGGUCCUGGGACCACUCAUGGCCCACAUUAGCGGGGUCGACGUGGUGCAGUACUCUCCAGAUGGCGCACUCGUUGCGAGUGCUGGCUUCGACCGCACCUUCAAGCUUUGGAGGGCUCAUGUGGGAGACUGCAUCGCGACAAUCGCCCAUCCAAGGGACGUAAACUCUAUCUCGUUUUCGCCCGCUGGCAAGCAUAGUAUUGCGACCGCUUGUGAUGACGGGCUCGUUCGCAUCUACGACGUGGAAGAACAUGAGCUUGUUCGCGAGCUGGCUGGCCACCGAAGCUUGGUUCGAUGCGUUCAAUACUCUCCAGACGGCUCGCUCAUUGCUAGCUCCUCGAAUGAUUAUACUAUUCGGCUUUGGAAUGCGUCAACAGGGGACCCAGUCAAAGGACCGCUUCGUGGGCAUAAACACGCGGUUCUCAAAGUGACAUUUGCCUGCAAUGGUCAACGGCUGAUUUCCUGUUCCUCCGAUGAAAGCAUUCGGGUCUGGGACAUCAACUUGGGGCAUUGUGUCGAUCUUGCCUUGGCUCCCCUUUCUGGCCACGAUGGCAUUGUAUGGGCUGUCAAGUUCACUCCUGACGACACGCGCCUUGUCAGCGGCGGAAAAGACAGAACCAUCCGUAUAUGGGACGUGCGCUCCGGUGUAUCGCUGUGUGUCAUUGAAGCCCACAGUGAUUCCGUGCGAACACUGAGCAUUUCCUUCGACGGAUCUCAAAUAGCAAGCGGAAGUGAGGAUAUGACUGUCAGGGUUUGGGACCUCCGCACACAUGAAACCUUGGGCGAGCCUCUCGAACACAGCAGCAAGAUAUCAUCUGUCUCCUUCUCGCCGGACGGCUUGAAAUUGCUUAGCGGAUGCCUAGAUGGCACACUACGCGUGUGGGAAAUCUUGCGACGUGAACAAAUCAAUGUUAUGGAUCACGAAGGCUCAGUCACCUGCGUUCAGUUCUCGAUGGACGGGUGUAUACUCACCUCAUUUAGCAAUAGAAAUGUUUGUCUUUGGGAUGCUAUCACGGGAAAGCGUAUUUGGUGUUUCCAGCAUACAACGGCUGUAAAGGUGGCGACACUCUCCCCCAACGGCGAAUUAGUCCUGACUGGAGACCGUAAUGGCGAUAUGCGCUUAUGGGACGUGGGCACUGGC